AUGGAUGCCUCCAGGGAUGAGCCAUGGCCAUCUGAUUCCUCAUUCAUCGUUUCCACACCUUCCACUCUUCCAUUUCAAGAUUCUCUAAAGCUGAGCCUAGAACAUCACAACAUAGACUUAGAAGCGGCCCAAGAAGAAGAUGAUUAUGACCAAAAAGCAGGAGAGGAAGGCAUAAGGCUUGACCUUACGCUAGCAGAAUAUGAUUAUAGUCAACCACAGCUCAACCAAGAACUCAAUCUCAUCGAAAGCUUAGACACAAGUGUAGUCACUCCGAGAAAUAACGGAUCAAGAUCCGUUGAACAGAAGCUCUUCUCAUGCAACUACUGUCAAAGAACGUUCUACAGCUCACAGGCCCUUGGUGGUCACCAAAACGCUCACAAAAGAGAAAGGACUUUGGCAAAGCGAGGUCAGCGGAUGGCAUCUUCAGCAGCUUUUGGGCAUCCAUAUGGUUUUGCUCCUGUCCCGUUCCACGGACAGUACAGCAACAGAUCGUUGGAUAUUCAGGCACACUCAAUGAGUCACAAGCUAAGUUCAUAUAACGUUUUUGGUGGUGAAUAUGGUCAGAUCAACUGGUCAAGGAUACCACUUGUUCAGCAACCAGCCAUAGGUAAACUAUCUUCAACAGAGAAUCAUCAUCAUCAUCAGAUGAUUACUCCAUCGUUGGCUUCAACAUGUGAAAGCUUUGGUAGGUUCGAUGUGGGAAGGAUUCCAGUAGAGUUUGCUACUCCUGAAAUGUGGCGAAGAAGCGGAGAAUUGUCUAAGACUGCUGAAGAAGAAAAGCAGAAAAGCCUUGACUUAUCCCUCAAACUCUGA